AUGGCAUCUCUCCGCUCUUCCUCCCGAGUCUUGGGCUCGGCCACUAAGGUUGCCUUCCGCCCUGCCGUCACCGUCCCUCGUCGUGGCCUGGCAACCGCCAGCGAUCGUGUGCCCCGUACCAAGGAGCCAGAGAUGAAGAAGUUCACCAUCUACCGCUGGAACCCCGACACGCCGACCGAGAAGCCUCGCAUGCAGGAGUACACGCUGGACCUGAACAAGACCGGACCCAUGAUGUUGGAUGCGUUGAUCCGCAUCAAGAACGAGUUGGACCCUACUCUGACCUUCCGCCGAAGCUGCAGAGAGGGCAUCUGCGGUAGCUGUGCCAUGAACAUCAAUGGCCAAAACACGCUGGCUUGCCUUUGCCGUAUUCCCAAGGAGUCUUCGUCAGACAUCAAGGUUUACCCUCUGCCUCAUACCUACGUCGUCAAGGACCUGGUUCCCGACUUGACCCAGUUUUACAAGCAAUACCGUUCGAUCAAGCCCUACUUGCAGAGAACCACUCCUGCCCCUGAUGGCAAAGAAUACCGUCAGAGUGUCGCCGACCGAAAGAAGCUGAGCGGCCUUUACGAGUGUAUCCUGUGCGCCUGCUGCUCGACUUCGUGUCCGUCUUACUGGUGGAACUCGGAGGAGUACCUCGGACCUGCCAUCCUUCUCCAGUCAUACCGCUGGCUCGCCGAUUCGCGUGAUGAGAAGUCAGCGGAGCGCAAGGCCGCCCUUGACAACUCGAUGAGCUUGUACCGCUGCCACACGAUUCUCAACUGCACACGUGCCUGCCCCAAGGGCCUGAACCCUGGCAAGGCUAUUGCCGAGAUCAAGAAGCAGAUGGCUUUCUGA